AUGGCCCUCCCUUCCACCGCUCUAGACCUAGUUGACUCUCCACCAUCUCUCGUGGUACGCAAAUUGCAUACACUGUCCAAACGAUGCGACAACAAACUCCAAAAUCCGUCCUUUGAGUCCGGCGAAUCCCCUUGGCUCGCAAUGGUCAGUGGCUCUUGGUCUACCCGUGGUGUAUACACGUCUUCUGGCGGUGGCCACCACGGCUCAAACUUCUACUACGGACAGAGCAACAGCACCAUCGAUAGCACACUCACCCUUUCGCAGUCGGAGAUCAACAUUCCCAACGGCGCGACGGUGGAGUGUGCGGCGUGGAUUGCAUCAAGAAGGCCGGGCAAUGUGGGGAGUUCGCGGGUCGAAGUAUUUCUCGAUGGGCAGAGCUGCGGAACUGAGUAUCUUGGGACAACGGGGUGGACAAAGGUUGGCGGUAAAGUGGGUGUUAGUGGAGACGGAGCGGUUCAUACGUUGGCAGUUGUGGUAGUGAGCGAUGAGGCGGGGGAGGAGGGAUGGGCGGUCUGGGUAGAUGAUUUGUGGGUGGGUAUAGGGUGCUGA